AUGGUAAUCUGUUUGUAUGUAGAUGAUCUCAUCAUAGCCAGUGAUUCGUUAGAUAUAAUAAAUCAGUUAAAGAAUUCAAUGAAGACAGGAUUUGAAAUGACCGAUCUGGGAAUUCUACAUUAUUUUCUUGGCAUGGAAGUAAAUUAUGAUAAUGGGAACAUCACACUAUCACAACAAAAAUAUGCAAAGAUUCUGCUGGACAAAUUCAAGAUGGGAAACUGUAAUGCAAUUUCAACGCCAACGGAAUAUGGACUGAGAUUGUCUAAGGAAGAUCCAGAAGAUGAAGUAGAUCAAAACUUAUAUAGAAGUUUGGUUGGAUGUCUCAUGUAUCUAACAAAUACUGGACCUGACAUUAUGUUUGCAGUUAGCAAAAUAAGUCGGUUCAUGGAAAGACCAAUGAAAAGUCACUAG